AUUCCGUAUAUUGAAUCAUUGCUUGGCGGCCAUUUGCAAACUCGGCACGUCUUAAAAGCUUCCAAAUUUGAAUUACGCGGGAUUUUUUUAAUAAUGAAUUUAAGGUUGCAUGUGUUCUUCGGCCAGUUACUGUGGAUAGUUUCGGUUUUAAAUGGCAAGACAGUCGAAGGUAUUCCAGGCUAUGGGAGAAAUUUAAUUAUUAAGGCACUCCCAGCAAUAGAAGACUUCCAGAGCAAUGUUUACGAAGUUUUCAUGGAACCAUAUCUUUAUGGCCUCGGUGGACCGAUAUCAUCCAGCGAUCGCGCAGAAAAACAGAUUGAUUUGACACGCGACCCCCGGUCUAUUGGUCUUCAAGCAAUUGCCUACCUCAGAGCUGACCAGGAUUCCGGAGUCACAGGGGAAUUGGUUUUCAGACAAGUGAUUCCCAAUGGUCCUGUGGUUAUCGAGGGUAACGUGACCGGUCUACCUGCGGGGCUACAUGGAUUGCACAUCCACCAAUCUGGUGCUGUGAAGGAGAACUGUCAAGAUAUUGGACCGCAUUUUAUUGCAUACUAUGGUCGUCAUGGCGGACCUCGUGAUAACAUUCGCCACGUCGGAGACCUUGGCAACAUAAAGGCUGAAGAGGAGACAUUGAACGUGAAAAUAAUUGACCAUCUGAUAUCAUUAACCGGUCCCAGGUCUAUAGUGGGACGGUCCAUAGCCAUAAGUAAGAGCGAGGAUGACUAUGGAAGAUCCAGCACUGAAGAUAGCGCGCUUACUGGUACAUCUGGACCUUCCAUUGCAUGCGGCGUGAUCGGAUACUUGAACUAAGCUUUUAUGUUAUAAAUUGAUAUAAACUUUUUGUAUUACUCUUAUACCAGUAGUGUAGACCAUUAAAAUUAUCCACUUAUAACAACUAAGGGUAUAGAUUCAGAGUCGAGACUUAGUUAUGAGUAUGACUUAUGACCGUCAUAUGUCAAAAAACGGAUUUGACAUAAUGUUUAAAGAACUUUAUUUCUUAUUAAAAAAAUGAUAUUUUUUUCACAUGAGAAACUUAAUACGAACGAGUUGCACGUCGCCAUCAGACAGCCGUCCCAAUUUUAGUCUUCAAGGUCUUUUGACGUCUUUAAUGCCCUUUUAAAUCGAUUAAUCACGCUAAUUUUUCGAAUUUUAGACGGUAAUUUACAUACUAAGUCUCGACUCUAAAACAUAGGGUCAAAGUUUUAGCGCUAAAUGUGGCUUCCGGUUGUCAAAGACGUUCAAACCUUACCAGGAACUUCGACAAUGUCUAUUUAAUUUUUACCUUGUCUUCAAAUAUAAUGUCACCAGGUUGUUAGGUAUCUAUAUUUUUCACUGCACAAAAACUUGGUUAUGUUGUAUAAGCCUUUUCUGACGCAAUUUAUAUCUUAGAAACGUAUGUUAGCCUCUAUGGUCAAUUAUCAUAAAUUAAGAUAAGAUUUUAUUUGUAUAUAAUUUUUAAAGAAUGUAUAAAAUAUACACGCAAUACAAUAAAUGUUAGGAAACAAAUAUCAUUUAUCAGAUUAUUCUUUGUAAUGGAUGAACUGUAUAACUUAUGAAAUGAUAUUAAAAAUUAUUUUAUCUAAAGCUUCAUAAUUAGCGAGUUUAUAUAAAAACACGCUUCGAUAAAAAGGACAACAACAAUUAUUUCCUUAUGAGAUGUGAAGUUUUUUUGUAGAGUUCCCUCGAAAGGUGAAGGAAAAAAUCGUAAGGAAGGCAUGUCGACCCAAUAAUGUAUCAGGCACAGAAGGUUGACGGCCUCCUUGCUUAUUAGAAAAAACAAAAUAUGAUCGCGAAACAGAUAACAAUAUCUGAGGCCAAGACAUAAAAGUAGCCUUCCUCAAUUUACUUAACUGCGUAAGGACACAAUUUUCAAAGCAAAUCUAUUUUGCUUACAACAUUCGCAAACUUGUUGUUUUCCUGGGUAAUUUUGUACAAAAAACUUUAAUCUUCCUUAAGUAUUUACAAGUUAGAAAAAAAAUAUUUGUUAUAGACUUUAAAUAAAAUUCUUUCACACACCUACAACCACUCA